AUGGCGAGAGUGGGAAUUCAGAGGGCGGGAACACUCGGAGUGGGAAUUCCAACACGGAGCUCCUGGAGCCGGAUCCCGCAACUUCCAGCACCGACCCCCAGGAACACUGGGAAGGGACCAGCCUGGAGCUCCCAACGGAGCAGGGCGGAGCCGGCGGACGCCACCGACAUCAUCCGGGGGCUCAUCCGGGAGCUCUCGGACCUCAACCGCCUGGCCAUGGGGGCCCGCCGGGGGCUGGAGCUGCUCCGCAGGCCGAGGCCGCGCCAGGGCCGGAGGAGCCGCUGGAAGGAGCCGUAGGGACACCGGGACACCUGGAACA